AUGGAAACGUCCACUUCUCCCCCGAGGAAUUCAAUUUCCAGUUGGUGGUCUAACUUCAAGCAGCGUCACUCCUCUAACGAAUCACUUAGUAUUUACACGAGCAACGAGACGCCAUCUAAACAAGGAGGAACGACAAAUACAUCACCAAAGAGACCUCAGAUGAGACCCAAAUCUCGGUCCAGUAAUUAUAUACCUUACAGGCUGUCCUUGCACCGCAACUCAAAAGAAUUGGACCUGAGUGAUGAGGCCAAACUGAAACAACAUAGGAACUCAUUUUUGAACUCGAGACAGCAAGAUUUUUUCGAAGACUCCCAGGUGUUUGCGGUUCCGUUGAAGCAGAGCUUGGAAAUCGCAAGUGCUAAGAUCAACUGUGGAUCAAGUGAUUACGGUUUGAUACCCGUUGUCAUUGCUCAAUGUGGAAUUUAUAUCAAGAAAAACGGUUUAGAUGUUGAAGGAAUCUUCCGGGUCGCUGGAUCAUCCCGAAGGGUCAAAGAGUUGCAAUUUGUGUUUUCCACCGCUCCAUUGUACGGUAGAAAAAUAGACUGGGAAUCUUACGGCACCACAGUUCACGAUGCUGCUUCUCUGAUGAGGCGGUACCUGAACUUUCUUCCUGAGCCUUUGGUAUCCUUAGCGUUGUAUGAGCAAUUUAGAGAUCCAAUUCGUUCUAGGCCGAGAAUCUUGAACUAUCUUAAAAAUAAAUCUGAAAAGAAAGAUAAGGAGAAGUCGCCAGAGCAGGAGGGAGAGAAAGAUCAACAAGACAGAGAGCAAACUGGGGUGCAAGCGCAAUCAGAACAAGAAUCAAAACAGCAAGCAAAGGACAUUGACGAACAGAAUGAGGAGUACAAAGCAAAGGAAGCUAAGAAAGCUGCAAAUGAAAAGAAACUGAAAAAGAGCAUUCUUGCUGCCCUUAAGGAAUACGCUCUACUUUUUAAUUAUCUUCCCAAGGAAUCCCGACACUUGAUCCUGUACAUCUUAGAUCUAUUAUCUUUGUGUACCCAACAUAGAGACAAAAAUUUGAUGACGGCGAAGAACCUCGCUGCCGUGUUUCAACCGUCUAUUUUAACCCAUCCUGAUCACGACAUGUCACCAGAAGAAUAUGCACUUUCUCAUGCAGUUUUGGAAAUAUGGAUAGAAUUCUCGUACAUUUUGAUUGCUAGACUCAAUGACUCUCCCCAAGAGAUAAUAAGACUUACUGAUACGAAAGGAACAAAACGCGACACGAUACCGUCAGUUACAACAAGCACUGAUUCGACCUUCUUGGCUCCACCACCAGGGCAACAUCGACGCCAACAUAGUAGAUCUUUGUCCAGUGUCGUUCCAGUCAACGAUCGUAUCUACCAGAAUAAACAGAAACCCCAGCUUUUGGAUGAUCAACUACAAGAAACUACUCCCGAGCCUCAGAACGAUAAAGAGAGUGACGAUGUAUAA